CCGUUUCACUUGUUGCAGCGAGCAACAGCCUGCCUCACUGCCAGGCGUUAUAAAGUGACUUGAAGUUGAGUGGAUUCUCCAACGGGGACUAUUUUUUAACCGCUGCCAAGAUGAAAUUAGAAUUCAAAGAUGCCUUUUGGGGAGCGGACUUCAUCAGUAAUAUCGGGUAUGAGACCAUCAGUCAGAGACUCCAUGAUGGUCGACGAACAUGUAAAGACAUGGAGGAGCUUUUGAAAAUGAGGGCAUCAGCAGAAGAGAAAUAUGGAAAGGAACUGGUCACAAUUGCCCGCAAGGCCGGAGGUUUAUAUGAGAUCUGCACUUUGAGGUCAUCUUUUGAUGAAAUGAGAACACAAAUUGAAAAUGUAGGAAACGCACACAUUCAGCUGUCUGCAGCCCUAAAGGACGAGUUGAAGAGAAUGGAGCAGUUUAGAGAGCGACAGAAAGAACAGAGAAAAAAGUUUGAAGUCAUCAUGGAGAAGGUCCAGAAGACAAAAGUCUCCCUCUACAAGAAAACAAUAGACUCUAAAAGAUCCUACGAGCAGCGCUGCAAGGAGGCAGAUGAUGCAGAGCAAACUGCAGAGAAGAUGGGCAACGCUCCUACGGCCACUCCCAAACAGAUCGAGAAGAUGAACAACAAAUCUAAACAGUGCAGAGAAGCUGCAGUGGAGGCUGAGAAACAGUACAAAUCAAACAUUGAACAGCUGGACAAGAUUCGUCAAGAGUGGGAGUCGACACACAUCAGCACAUGUGAGAUGUUUCAGCUGCAGGAAGAAGACCGCCUCAGCGUACUAAGGAAUUCUUUGUGGGUGCACUGUAACCAGUUAUCAAUGCAGAGUGUGAAUGACGAUGAGUGUUACGAGAAUGUGAGGAAAAUACUGGAAAAGUGUGACAUCACCACGGACAACAACUGCUUUGUGGAGAUGAAAAGCACCGGCUCGACCCCCUCAGCUCCAAUCGAGUACGAAAGUUACUACGACAGGGAUGCUACGGAUGACAGAAACGGCAGCGCUGGAUUUGUAGGAGUGAUGAAAAGGUUUUCAAAUCUUCUGCAGUCAAACUGUUCCAGUGGAUCCAAACUCAGCAUCAAUGAACCAGCCACACAACCUACUGGUACAGUAGCAGAGACAUCAGAUGGAGUAUAUGCCUCCGUUAAUACUUGUCAGGACUCCCAGCUGAGCAGUGAGGGGUACCAGGUCAUAUACGACUACGUGGCACAGGGGGACGAUGAGCUCACUGUGUCCGUCGGGGACGUUGUGGUCGUCAUAGAACAAGGUGAUGACGGCUGGUGGACGGUGAGCAGUAACGGCCUCACUGGAUUGGUCCCGGGCUCUUACCUUGCCAAAGAAUGAGUUUACCUGACAUUCCUUAUGUAAUAUUUUGUAAUGGCAUUGUCAUUUCAUAUUUGUGUUGCAUGUAUCAUUAAAGCCCCUACAAGUAGGAUUAAAAUGUCAAACCCUUCACCUGUGAUAUAGUGGCAUCAUGACAGACACUGCGACAGAGAUCAUGUGACUGAAGAGCUGACUGUUUGUCUUAUUAUCCUUCGGAUAGGGGUUGUCACGUACAGUAGCUCAAGGCAGUGUUGAAUGAUGAUUUAUUUAUUGCUAUGGCACAUAUUCAUAUGACUUUGCCCUCGUUGCUGGUGUGUUGAGUGCUCCUCAUACCACUGACAGCUGGGAGAUUAAGACAUCUGUUGCACGAGAUCGCUGCACUAAGUUUAUUCAUAUACUGUUGUAUUCUUGUGUAUCUGUGCAGUGUUUGAUUUCUAUUGUUGGCCUGUAUAUAAUUUGUGUAGUUAUUGUUUCUAUUCUGAAUGCUAAUAAGAAUUAUUUGUAAA